UUCACUAAAGAAGAUCUGGGAGAAAUUCGUCCCAAAUUGCUGGAGAAUAGAAAGAGUGCUCCUGCCAAAGCUGGUGCAGUUGCACCCUGCGAUGUGAAGCUGCCGCCUCAGAAUACUGGUAUGGGUCCCGAGAAGACCUCUUUCUUCCAAGCUCUACAGAUCCCCACCAAAAUCACUAGAAGGACCAUUGAAAUCUUAAGCGAAGUCCACCUCAUCAAACAAGGAGAGAAAGUCGGAGCUUCCGAAGCCUCUCUGCUUAACAUGCUUGGCGUGACACCCUUCUCGUAUGGACUUGUCGUUGUGCAGGUGUACGAUAAUGGUACCAUCUAUUUCCCCGAAGUGCUCGAUAUGACCCCCGAGGAGCUGCACAAGCGCUUCAUGGAAGGAGUU